UAUCUUUAAAGGUUAUUGAAAAGACAGAAAGGUUGUGAGUUUAGCCUACCUGAGGAGCCUCAUCCAACAUCUACCGCUCAGAGAGCCAUCAGUUCCUCUGCUAAGGAGAGGUAAAAAUGAAGCAGCUCACAGAACUAGUUCUCCUUACAGUCUUCUUGGCACUCUUUGGUCAAGCUGAAGCAAAUCCUUUUGUUUACAACUAUGAGGCACUGAGGAUCGGGGGUUUGGUCUUCACAGGCCUGCUUGUAGCAGGAGGGGUUACAGUUUUGUGUUGGGGGCAGUGCAAACCAAAAAGAAAGGAUGAAGAAGAUGCAAGCAAAAUCUAAGGAUCAGGGACUUCAUCUGCUGAAGCUUACAAAUUGGAAAUUUGAUUGAGUAGAAGAAACUGUCUAGAAACUAACUAGCUUCACUUCUCACUUGUACUUUAUUUCAUUGUAAUUUUUCCAUUGUUUCAACAUUUUUCAACUAUUUAUUUUAUUCAUUAAUCAUAGUUCCUGCCCCCAAAAAACUGAGCUGCUGUUAUUUUGAAUUUGUAGAAUUAUUCUAUACAUUUUCAGCAAUCUCUCCCAGUGGCGCUUUAAUAAAGAUUCUCAACUAUGGGCCUGCAAA